AUUUAAUUUAAAAUUAUGAAAGAUGGAUAUUUUAUUAACUGGUUUGUGCUGAUUUCAGUUACAGAAGGUGAUGAAAGCUUCGAGGUGACAAUGACUGCUACAGAGAUGAGAGAUGCGGAGCUGGAAACGGAUGAUCCUUCUGAAACACCGGAUAAGGAUUCUUCUGUGCAAAAGAAAGGUGAAGAUGUAUCAGCUGUCAGUCAAGCCUGGUUCACCACGAAAGAGGAUAAAGACACUCUGGUUAACAAGGGUCACAAAUGGAAACAGGGUAUGUGGUCAAAAGAGGAGAUUGAUCUCCUGAUGAGCAACAUAGAGCAUUAUCUAAAGAACCGAGGGAUCCAGGACCCCGCGGAGAUCAUCUUUGAGAUGUCGAAAGAGGAGCGAAAGGAUUUUUACCGCAGUAUAGCGUGUGGUUUGAACAGACCGCUGUUUGCUGUAUACAGACGCGUACUACGAAUGUACGAUAACCGAAACCACGUAGGCAAAUACACUGAUGAGGAGAUUAAUAAAUUGAAAGAGCUGAGGGAGAAACAUGGAAAUGACUGGGCUACCAUUGGAGCGGCACUUGGCCGGAGCGCAUCGUCUGUGAAGGACCGCUGCCGACUCAUGAAAGACACAUGCAACACCGGAAAAUGGACAGAGGAGGAAGAGAGACGGCUGGCAGAGGUGGUCCACGAGUUGACCGGUACGGAGGCGGGUGACGUUGUAACUCAGGGAGUCUCGUGGGCGUCGGUGGCUGAACUUGUCGGCACUCGUUCAGAGAAGCAGUGCCGCUCCAAAUGGCUCAACUACCUUAACUGGAAACAGAGCGGUGGCACGGAGUGGACCAAAGAAGAUGAUAUCAACCUUGUCCGCAGGAUAGCCGAGCUGGAUGUGGAGGAUGAGAAUGAUAUUAAUUGGGACAUUCUGGCUGGUGGCUGGAGCAGCGUUCGCUCGCCUCAGUGGCUCCGCAGCAAAUGGUGGACCAUCAAAAGACAAGUGGCCAAUCACAAGGAGCUUCCCUUUCCCGUCCUGUUGAAAGGGCUGCAGGAUGUUGUAGAGGCACCGCCGUCUACGAUGAACAAGGUCGUGGUGGUCGGUUCCCGAUCCGCUAAUGCGUCACCCAGCCCCGUCACUGCACUGCAGAUCCCCGUCCAGAUUCCAGUGCAGAUCACACAUGUCUCUUCUUCAGAUGGUGUAAGUGCUACUUCAGACAGUGAAACGAUCACAUUGAACUCCGGAGCUUUACAGACCUUUGAAUUAUUGCCUUCAUUUCACCUGCAGCCCACUGGCACCCCUGGAACUUAUUUCCUCCAAACAGGAACCAAUCAGAGCCUCCCACUCACACUCUCAGCCAAUCCCACGGUCACACUCACAGCUGCAGCUUCACCGUCUUCACCUGACCAGAUUAUUUUACACAGCCUCACGACUGACACUGAGAAUGUGACCGUUCAGAUGUCCCACCCUGGCAUUAUCAUCCAGACGGUGACAUCAGAGGACCUCUCGGACCCUCUCGGCCAAUCAGAGUUGGAGGGAGAGCAGGAGCUUGCAAAGGAACAGACUUCGGAAAACCAAAACAACUCUGGGGAAGAAGAACAGAGUGAUGAGAGAUCAAAAGAUAUACAAGAAGAAAAGACUCUUGACUCUCCUAAAGUCGAGGAAACGGUAGAGAGUUCUGGGAUGGGCGAAGAAGCCGUCCUCAUGGUCCCAUCUCCAAGCAGCUUUAUUCCAUCUAAUGAAGACAUCAGCACCAAUUCUGUCCUGCCUCUUGGAACGCUGACAGAUCCCAUUCUUGAGAACCAGGAAGAGGGAUCAAACUGAAGCAUCGCUCCUGGAACAACAGAACUGUUGCCGAGGUUUAACCAGGAUGGGAAUUCCAGCACAACAAAGACACAAAACACUGACUUUAGUGGAUAUGUUCCCUUAUUCAGGGACAAAUGCCGCAUACAGGAUCAUCCGAACAUCAUCAAAGAGACUUGCGUGCAUCAAAACACUUUUCAGUAUUUAUUUAUCAUGCAAGUUCCUGAGCCUCAUCUGUCUCAGUGCAGUUAAGAACAUGAAAUACUCUGAUUAAGCAACACUUGUUUUUUUAUGGUGUAUUUAAAAUUAUGUAAUGCGUUCAUUAUUUUAAAUGUUUAUUUUUUUGUGUAUGUAUAUCUAGAUUUACUAGUUUUUGUAGCCUCCUUUCCUGCUUAACAGUAAUACUUGAUAAAGCUACGUGAAGCUGCACUGUUCUGAUAUUAGAGAGGUUGUACAUGAAUGUUUGUGUCAUUCCAAAUGUCCACUAGACUAGAUGGCCAUAAUUUAUCAAAUGGUUUGAAUAUUUACUUUACCUGUAAAUUAGUGCCUGUGUGUUUAUUUAUUGAAUAAACAAAAUGUCACCAGU